CCGGUUUUAUGGAUGCAAUGCUGGGGUUGUAUGUCUAUGAGGCUACCUACUGGUAUAGCGUAUUGUUUGUUUCGCAGCAGGUGGCGAUUCAAUCCAUAUAGCCUAGUCCAUAGUUAACUGCUGCCGAAAGAACUGGACGUCCUAUUUCAGUCAGCAGCUGUCAUGGAAGUAUUUCACUGGGCGGUAGACUAGAAUAGAAUAAUUUCAGCCGACUGAGUUUCCCCCUUGUCAGCGCAGCAAGGGGCUGGGAAUGAACAACAACCCCCGAGACGCCGCUAUAGUUCGGAGGGAAUAUGAUGCUUCGACGUAAUCUAAAGUUAGAUUGUUCACAUAAAUAUCCCCUGAGCAUAGAAGCUUAAAAAGACGGAUGGUCAUUCAAUUCUUACCUCAGCCGUUUCGCCUGAUGUCCCGCUAACUAACAAUGGCCGGUUUGAAACCGAAGCCUAUCUGCCGCAGCUCUACUUCCACAGCCACCAGGAUCUUCUCCCGGGACCUUCCAACGGCAACGACAUUGUUACCGCACAGGAGAAAUGCAUGAAUCGACCUUUUAAUCGCCUAUCACUUUGUUUGGUUUAUUCCUAGAAAUGCCGCCUGGUGCAGCAAACCCAUCCAUGGUGGCGUGCACACCAUGCCGCGCCGUCAAGAUGAAAUGUACUCGGGAGUUGAACUCGACCAUUUGUUCUCGGUGCAAGCGCAAGUCUCUGACUUGUUUUUUUGAAGCACAUCGACGUGGUCGUAAGGCGGGCACAAAGUUACGUCCAAAGGCGGAACGCAUGCAGGCCAGAGGCUACAUUGAACCAACGUACCGCACCCUCGCUACUCCAUCAACCGAUAGAGAUGUGCCGGCGACCGUAGAACGACCUGAAGGCUCGGAGCCAUCUUUGGCAUCUGAGAACCUUGCGCCAUAUGGCUGCCUCCGGAAGUCUGCUACAGCUGGGAAAUUUUCCAUCGCAAACGUACUGAAUGCGGAAGACGAAUCUCCUACGUACCAUUCUUCAAAACGCAGAACAGCAAGUUUCGCAUCAGGAGAUAGCUACAGGCAUGAUAUGAAUGACCCCAUAAACCUCAACCUUGUCGAUCUGCUGACGGCCCAAGAUUUGUUUGAUGGCUUCUUCAAUUACAUGAAUCCUUUCAUCUUCCAAUUUGAUCCAAGGCUACACACGCUGAAAUACAUACGAACACGCUCGUCUUUUUUGUUUUCUGCCCUCCUUUCUGCUGCAGCAAAGAUUUUCAGGCCAUCUUUAUACGAUAAACUUCAUGAGCAUGUAGAAAGAAUCCUUAAAGAAAUCCUGAGCACGGGACAAAUAUCUACAGAAAUUGUUCAAGGAAUCUGUCUUUUGACCUACUGGAAAGAACCAAGUGACUCACGCGCAUGGCUCUUGGUGGGUUAUGCAAUACGAGCAGCAAUAGAGAUGGGUUGGCACAAGUUUAAACCAUCAUGCCCAGACAGCUCUGCAAGCUCUAUGCGGGAAUCAAGGGAAUCGGAGCUUGAAAUGCGGGAACUGCGAAGUAAAGAACGAAGUUGGCUUAUGCUAUUCGUAUAUGACCGAAGUGUGAGCCUACAACUGGGAAAGCCAUGGAUGAUCCAAAUGGAUCCCUUGAUUCGCAGCGCGGAACAUUGGCACCAACAUGUCUAUGCGGUACCUGGCUGUGAUCAAAUCAUGUCCGCCUUUGUGCAGCUCCGCAUUCUUGGAUCUGAGAUUUUGGAACUCUUCUGGAUCGAUCCAGUUGCCACAACGGCACAAUCGAUAAUCAAGAUCGAAGUGAUCUUGAAACUAUUCAAUGGCGACUUAGACAGGUGGGAGGCUAAGUGGUACCAGAUUGUAGAGGAAGUCAGCACCAAUGUUGCUCAUCGCUUUAUCGUCCGGUUCUACGGAACCCAUCUUCGACUCCUUCUACAUUCCUUUAGACUCCAGCUCUCGAUUCUGAGUGGGAAUAUUUCCAAACAAGCACUCUGGGUUUGCUAUACUAGUGCUCUGGACAUGCUUCGUUUGGUCGUUGACCGACUCGGGGUAACGUCCCAUUCGUGCUUCUGUCAAGACUCUGUUCAUGUAAUGGUUGCGUACGCUGCUGUGGUCAUGAGCAAAAUCCUUCUCUCUUUGCCGGGAGAACUCCCGAGCGAAUCUGAAAGCUUGAUCCUCGACCUCAUCAGCGAAACAGGCAAGAAUUUCAGCACACAAGGCCAAGCUACAAACACUAGCUCCUACCACCAAAGUAGAUUCCUCUCAAACGUUGUCGCGCAGUACCGGAAGACGAAAGAAGAAUCAUGCUCCCCUGCAAACAGAUGGCUUAGACAGCAACAUCGGCUGCUCGAGCAAAACGGGAAACAAAUGCAUCAUCUUCCCCAUUUACCUCCUCUUCAGCAGCAAGGACGAUAUACACCAUCCCAGAGAUUUAAUUCUCCGCACCAGUCGGUCCCGUCAAUGUCCCCACCAACAGCUUCCAGAAAUGUGCAGGGAUACCAGCAGAGUCCGCUUCCCCUUCCACAACAGCCACCACAGCAACACCAGCAAUUGCAUCAGAAUCCCUUCAACGAAAACGAUACACAACAGCUCGAACAAGCUCAACCGCCGGACCCGCGCCAACUCCCUCAACCACUCCCACAGAUGCCACAGGGUCCAGGCCCGCAGUUGAACGGCUACAUUAAUACCAGACCUCCAAAUAGCAACAUAUUCAAAACCUCCACACAGAACAGCCUCGAAACCUUCAUGGCGAUGGAUGGCCAGAGCACCGCUACACCGCUCUUCACGGAUAACGUCGUCUGGGAGGAUCUGUUUGCGCAUGCUGGGUUUAACAUUAGUAGUGGAGCAUUUGUGCCGAAAUUAGCGGACGAGGCAGGCAUGGGCGCUUGAGUUUCCUAUCGGGAGAUUGAAAGCUUGUAUUUAGGAGGCGUUAGGGUAUAUAAGUUGGCGUACUUGGUGACUAAUGAUGGUACGGACGUUAUCCAGAAUAACACCUGUGGCAGAGUGCCUAUCUCCAUACGGCAUAUGCGGCGGGAAGAGGAAUAUUGUAAUAUGGGCCAGCGAGGAGUGCUUAUUCGAUGAUCCUUCAUAAAAUUUUCGGCUGGAUAGUUGAUAAAUGGCUUUAAAGCCCCUUCCCCUCUUUUCAAAAAAUAUCGAAGAGACCUUGGCGAAUCUGGUAGAGUCCAGUUGACUAUGGAGAAGGAUCCGGAUACUUAAUGUACUUUAUCACGAUUAUCAUCACAUUGUAACCAAAACAGUUUACUUUACUUUAGUCACGAUCAUACACAAUGCACCCGUCCGCAUUGAUCCAGAAAUCAGGCCCAUUCCCAAUCCCUCGCGUCAUCCCAUCCUUCAUUCCAAACACAUACCCUUUCCUCAGACGCUCACACUCCUCAAAAUGCCUACAAAUAUCCCCCAUAUAAAACGCCGCAUUAUCGACCCUCGGGCCGGUUGUAUUCCUAGCAUCAGCACCAUGAUCAUCACCAUCCCAUAUUAAUGUGUCCCCAUGGCCCUCCUCUUCCAUGCCCUCGUCCUGCUCAUACCGAUACUCAUACUCUUUCUGAAGCGUGCAUGGGCUACAAUAAAUCCCGGACUCCGCCAUCUGCCUCUGCGCAUCCCAAUACGGGAAAUCUGUUGCACCCAUCCCCAUCCACCGUGACCUUGCCAUUUCAUAAAUCUCCAUCAGGCGCGGAAUAUUAAUACUAGACUCCGUCCGCCCCUGAUCCUGACUCAGACCUUGACCUUGACCCCGCCCCCGCCCCUGGCCCUGGCCCUGGCCCUGGCCCCGCCCCAGCCGCGGGGCCUUUAGAGAAGCUAUACUCCCCCGAAACCGCUCACGAGUCCCCAGCCAUUUCACCGUAGCCUUUUCCGCUUCCGCAAUACUAACAAGACCAGUAGGUUCGUCAAUGAUAUCAAAAUGCAACCGAUCCCUCCCAUACGCCCCGGGAAAGACAUGCACAGUCGGCAACUGCUUAAGUAGCGACACCAGCGCCUCCAGCUCGACAGGCGACAAGUUUCCGGGAAACUGGUCCGCCAGGAAACCGAUGUGCGCCACCUGGAAGUGUGCCCGCGUCCACAGACACCGGUCGCAGCAGCGAGUUAGGGUGGGUAAGAAAACUAGCGGGCCGAAAGCGCCGCAGGCGCGGCAGUGUGGGUGGCGGAAUUCGGUGUAGAGCUGGUGGAGGGGGAAGUGGGACGCGAGCUGGACUUUGUGGAGAAUGCGAAGGGUAUGUGGGGCAUGUUGUUUUAGGAGGCUAUAUGGGUGCAGCGAGUCAAUUAGCGUUCUAUACAGGGUGUUUACGAGCCGGAGGGUGAGGAGGGAGUUUAGGUCCAGGUAGAGCAGGAUGGUGGUGGUGAGUUCUGGGGGCAGUCGAGUGACCAGGUUUCCACCGCCUGCGCGCGGACACUUGCUGUCGAAAGUAGGGAUAGAGGGGUUUGGAGGGGGAAUGGCUGCGAGAUCAUGCUGUGUGUAUAGUUCAAGCUUGAACCGAGCUGGCCGCAGUCGACGGUGUCCAAUUCCAGGGGCCAUGCUGUCUCUUCUUGUGCUGAAAGUAGUCGCAUGAGAGAGAGGAGACGACCGUUCUCAUAUGGCAGCUCUUAAGCUGUUUAAGCUACAACCCCGCUUCGUAUUUGGGCUGUGUCCCUGAUCACCAGGUAGCUACGUAUGGCACCGUUCUUUGUAGUAUUAUCGCCUUAGCUGUUUGGAUCGCGGUCAUCGUUCAGGUGCUGUUGAUAAGCAUCCUUGGCCUGCUUGCUUGGGUUUUUCACCAAGGAUACAGCCCCUGUCUAUCUAUACUAACAAACGCUAGAAACUGCAGCGUCCGGAUAGGGAAUAAUUGUAAAUAAAUUAACUCUGCAUAUUAGAACGAUUGAAUAGAUAAGAACAUAGAUAAAAGCGAGCACCCAAAUAGCAAUAAAUAGACAAAUAUAACAUCAUGCCGAAUUGCAGUUUUGGUGGAAAUACUUUGGCAAAUCAUAUAGGAAUAAACAGCGGAUAUCUUUUCGCCUCGAUGAAAAUAAUGGAUGACUUCUUUCCAUC